GCCCGGCGCCGGCUUCCGCCCCCGCGCACGCCGCUUAGAAGAUGCGCCUCCAGAGGCUGCAGAGCUCUCCGUGGGCGAUCUCGUCUGCGUGCAGGGGCUGGCUUCUGCAGCGCAGUACAAUGGGGAGAACGGCACUGUCCGAAAUCUGAGGCCAGAUGGGCGGAUCGAGAUCGAGCUCGUCUUGGACCACCCUGACCCAUCGGGCUCUCCGA